AUGGCGGAGCGCACGCACAUGACCGCGUACCUGACCUUCGCGACGCUCAUGGCCGGCGUCGUCUACCCGAUCGUGGCGGACAGCGCGUGGGGCGACGGCGCUCUCGCCCGAGAGUUCCACGGCAGGUGGCACGAGGGCUACGACAACCACGACUUCGCGGGCAGCGGCGUGGUGCACUUCCUCGGGGGCACGUCGGCCCUGGUGGGCAACCUGAUGCUGGGGCGGCGCAUCAUGCGGCCGGAGAACGGCGGGAUCCUGCCGGGGCUCGAGCAGAGGGCACGGUCCCCGGCCCACACCCCGACGCGGUCGUACGCCAGCGGCGACUAUUACCGCAAGAGCGGCGCGGGCACUCCGUCGCCGGCGGCCACGUCGGGCCCUCCGAUCACGGAUCACGACGCCAGCGUCGCGAUGGAGCUGCAGGACCUGGCCGAGCAGGACCAGGAGGAGAAGGACCUGCUGAUGCCGGCCGGCGGUUGGCCCCGCCGGUUCGACAACAGUGGCAGGGACGAGGUGGAGUUCGAGCCGAUCACCUACCUGCAGGUUGCUGGGAUGUUCACGCUGUGGGUAGGCUGGUACGGCUUCAACUCGGGCUCCACGCUUGCCCUGGAUAGGCAGGCGACUCUGGCCGCCAGCAUCAUCGCCUGGAACACGACCGUGGCGGCGGCCUCGGGGGGCUUUGGCGCUUACCUGUAUUGCCUGAUCUUCCGCAAGCGUCUGGACCUGGGCUGUAUGUGCAACGGUGUGCUGACUGGGCUGGUGUCCAUCACGGCCUCGUGCGACGUGGCGACUCCGGGAGCUGCAUCAACUGUCGGCUUCGUAGGCGGGCUGGUCGUCUUCCCGCUGGGCAGCCACUGCAUGAAGACAAUGCAUCUGGACGACCCUGUCGACGCCGUGUCGCUGCACAUGUUUGGUGGCUUCUUCGGCCUGCUCGCAACGGCGUUCUGCAGACCGGACUGCGAGAUGCUGGCGCACUUUGGGGGCGGGCACCCGUCUCAGGCGCAAUUCUGCAGAGAGGGGCACGACAUAGGGAGGCAGAUGGUGGCGCAGCUCUGGGGGGCCCUGACGGAGCUGGUCAUCAGCGGAGGCUCCUUCGCACUCGUCUGGGGGUUCUUCGCCGUCUCCGAGCGUACGCGCGCGCACGAGGUGGAGCACCUAGCGAAGGCCGAGCAGCUGCUGCACCAGAUGGUGACGCCAGAUCCCCAGGAGGGCGCGGCGGCGGAGUGGGAGCACAUCGUCCGCCGCUCGCCCCUCGCGCGCCGCAUCCUGCACCGCCACGGCCUCGCCCGCGGCUGCUUCCCGCAGGGCGCCCCCGACGAUCUCUGGCGGCUGCGGCGGGAGCUGCGGCAAGCGCGCGGCGGGAAGGCGGAGACCGCCUUGGAAAAGCAGGGGCUGGCCGCCUGCCUCGCGCGGGCGGCCAGCCGGUGCCGCCCGCUGCGCGAGCUGGCGUUGCUGCGGCUGCGCAUCUCCCCGGCCGCGGAGCUCUCGGGCCUGGGCAUCGCCGAGGCGGACGGCGGGCGCCUGUUUGGGGCCGUGCGGGACGUGCUGCACCAGGUGGCGGCGGCGCGGGACGCCGAGCACUCGCCGCUGAAGCGCGAGGUGCGCGAGCUGAUCCUGCAGGUGCGGAGCCAGGAGGCAAUCCUGGCCGGCCUCAGCAGAAGCAGCCGCUUCAGCAGCUGGCGCAGGCGGCGCCUGCAGAGCGUGCCCGAGCGCACCGAGGGCCAGGGCGGCAGCAGCAGCCGGGAGUCCAGCGCCGAGCGCCAGCGGGAGCAGGCAGCGGCCGCAGAGGCACCGCCACCUGUGGAGGCCCCCGACGCGGGGACGUCCGUGACCAGCCUUGUCGUGCCCCCGACCCGGGAGCCGCAUGAUCAUGAGCGCGUCGGACCCUCCGUCCUGGGCAGGAGCAUGGCCCACUAUUCGUCCGGCUCCAGCAGCAGCACGAACGAGACGCAGCGGGACAGCGCCCUUUCCUACAACUCGACCACGGAGAGCACCCCCCCGCCCAGCGGCGUCGGCAGACGACCACCCGCCGCCGCGCCACGGCGGUACCCGCACCCCGCGGCGGCCCCGCCGCAGGCCCACGACGCCGCCACGCACGAGCUGCUGGUAAAUAUGUUGGAGGCCCAGACCCACCUGCUCUCCGCGCUGCACGCGGUGCCUCUCGGCGGCCAUGUCGGCGCGCCGCCCCGCGCGGCGCCCGCUGGCGCGCACGGCGUGCCCGCGGGCGCGCGUCCGGCGUUCGACGCCCAGCGGCUGGUCGAGUUGUUGCAGGCCGCGAGCCUGGAGGAGCGCGACCGCCUCUCGAGCGGAUCGCCGUCGAUACCCAGCUAG